GAGGAGGGGAGGAAGAAGGAGGAGGGUGAAGACGAAGUGAGGAAGGAGGAGGAGGAGGAGGGAACAAAACAACGCAGAACAGACCAUCACACACAUUCCUCACCUUCCUUACAUCACCAAAUUAAAAAGAAGGAGGGAAAGGACGGGAAGGAGGGAAGCCCUGCGCCUGCCAGUAUAAGCUUGAUUCCUCCUCCUCCUCCUCCCUCUCUUCCU